AUGCGGGCUUCGUGGGGGUUCUGGAUCUCGGCCGCAUUCCUCUCCUCGGCGGUGGUGUCAACCGAAACAAUCCCAUUCUCUCCCCCGGAAACCGUCGAGACCAACAAACGCGCCCUUGAGAUCCUCAAUAUCCUGAAACGAUCCGACAACUGCCCCGGCGGAUAUCAUGGGUGCUCGAACCUGGGCAACGGGGACGCCUGCUGCAAGCAGGGCACAAACUGUUCGCGCGAUGCCGCCGACAACAUCGCCUGCUGUCCGACUGGUGCCAAAUGCACGGGCAGUCUAACCUCUGCGACCACUGCGACCGGCGCGACCGGCGCAACUGGUAGCAGCUUCAUGUUUCCCCAGACGGCCACGGCCACCACGACGGCGCCGGGCGCGGGCUCAGAUACCACCGGCUCGACCAUGUCCGGAGCAUACCCGUUUGUCUAUGUGCCGACCUCGUUCGCCAACCCGGCGACUUGCUCCUCCUACUUCUCGCAAUGCCAGUCUGAAUACCAACAAUGCACCGGCGUAUUGAUGGGUCGCUACGGGGUUACGGUCGGCGGACCAGGUGGUGCGGGGACGACAGUCGAAGCUAUAACGGCCUCAACUCAGGCGACCUCCAUAUGCUCUAGUUUGAGUGUCGACGCGUGCCAUGGUCUCCAACUGGGAUACUGUGGCACGGUCGAAACGCAGACCGCGGAUGCCCACGAUGCCAAUGGAAACGCUGCCACGCCAGGGCGAUCAUCGAGUCUUCAGGACCUUGUUCUGGGUCUGGCUGUGGCUGUGGCUGGAAUGUUUAUAUGA